CAAGUGAUGAGGUGUCCUGGAUUUCUAAAUUGGGUAAGGUUUGUUCACAAGUCCACUCAGGCAACCAGAUUAUUUAUGGAAAAUGGAAAAUGGGUGACACCAUUAUAUGUCGGAGAAAGCCAAAAAAAAAAAAGGUGCAAUGAGGGUCCAGCAAUGAAAGAAAUCAUAUUUUUAAAUCAUGGUGCUGUAUGGGCAUGUCUUGAUUAUUGAAUGGUACUUGCUUGGUUGCUUCUCAAAUUUGGUUUGAUGGAGAAAUAUAUUGAAUUGGUCUUAUUUCAUUGGUUGGGUAUUCAGUAUUGACAUGAUCUGGACCUCUGGUGUGAUUAAACAAUCUACCCAGAUAAAAAUAUUUCGUUGAAUCUACCAAUGAUUGCCAUGUUUCUGCAUGGAGAAUAUAUAUAUGCAAUGGUUGUGAUGGUUUUGAACCAGAAGUUUGGGCUCUUUGUUGUCUAGGUUUUAUGUGUGAGUAGACAAUAAAAAAUGAACCAGUCGCUUUCCCUAAAUAUCAGCAGUACACAGUUUGGAUUGGCCAAGGCUUUAUAAUGGAACUCUCAUUCCAACGGUUGGAUUGACAGACUUUCACGGUUUUAUCUUUAUCUCUUACAUUUCUUGACUGUGUUGAAAUUUUCAAAGAUAUCAGCUGGGCAUGAACCAUGGCUUCCAAUCUUCACAGGCAAUUUAUGCUGUUGCUACUCUCUUCCCUAUACUUUGUGUCUCCUCCAUAGUCAAUUUUAAAGCUAGUUUUUCAAUGGGUUUGAAAGUUUCGGCAUAAGAAGUGUAUGAAGAGUUUUGUUCAUGACAUGGAGAUGCCCCAGAAGACUUUCUGUGCUUCCACUUCCUUCAACUUUCUGGAGCCAAAAGAAGAACAUUUUUGGGUUCGAACAGGAGAUUACAGAGAUGGGCCUCAAUUCAAGCGACUCAAAAGUGUUAGCCAGAUAUCUUUACAAUCAGAACCAGCAACUGCAGAGUUGACAUCUAAUUCUAAAGCAUGUAGUUUGAAUCACAAGAAUCAAGUCAGUUCAAUGGUUACAAGUGCAUGUCUAAUGCCUACGACUGCAUUGCCCCAGUCUUCUAGUUCAGUACAUGACUCAAGGCCCCUAGGCUUAUGUCUGAGGAAAAGUCAGUCAUUGGUUGACCUAAUACAACAUAAUCUAAACCAAAAUGACCAAUCUUCAGUUCUUGAGCAAGAUUUGGAGGAGAACACAAAGACCAAAGGAGCAGGAGCUGCUGACAGUCAACAGGACAAACUCAAGGCUUCAAAUUUUCCUGCAUGUUAUCUAAAGAUUGGGAAGUGGGAGUGCUCUUCUGUAUAUGAAGGAGACUUAGUGGCCAAAUGCUACUAUGCCAAACGCAAAUUGGUGUGGGAGGUUUUAGAUAAUGGAUUGAAGAGCAAAAUUGAAGUUCAGUGGUCUGACAUUACAGGACUGAAAGCAAACAUCCCUGAAAGAGGGCCUGCUUCUCUGCACGUUGAGAUAUCAAGAACUCCUCUAUUUUUCAGGGAGACGAAUCCACAACCUCGAAAACAUACACUUUGGCAGUCCACCUCAGACUUCACAAUGGGGCAAGCUAGCAUUUGCCGCCGUCACCUUGUCCAAUUCUCUGAAGGUGUGUUGAAUCGACACUUUGAAAAAUUGAUACAGUGUGAUCCACGCUUGAAAAUUCUCAGCGAGAACACCAUACCUUUUUCUGGUUCUCCUUUCUUUGAGGGCCAGAACUUUAUGCUCGACAUGCAUAGACAUCAUCAGUAUCUCUACCCAGGGAAUAUUUCGACUUCAAUGGCACUUGGCAGCUUGCCAAAUGAGAUGUUAGUUCCCUUUAAUCAUUCUAUUAGUCCAAUUGUGAAGCAACAUAACUUUCAUCUCAUUGAACAAUCAGAUGACAGAGAAUCUACAGGAGUGCAGCCAUUUUCUCCAAAUUCAGUGAUGGACUCCAGAGCCAAUGACGAAAGUAGUAAUAGUGACACAGAGGAGUUGUAUGCAGAAGACACUCGAAGACAUGCUGGCUACAAGAAAGCAGGUAUGUCAAUGAUAUUUGACCAAAGCAUUUUGUACGGAGAUAGACAAAUUUCUACAACCAUGCCCCAUUCUGCUGCUAAUGUGGAAUCUUCCAGUAUGGUGUCAUGUUCCAAUCUUCCACAGUGCAAGGUACCUGGUGGUCAAGUCCCUCUGACUACAGCUAAUGCUACUUUGUCUGAACAAAACUUUCUACAGAGGUUAUCCAAUCAUUUAUUUGAAGAAACAAUACCUGAAAAUCUUCAAGCCACUGGCCAAAGAAAAGAAUUUCCUGGCAAAUUUACUCAAGUUGCAGAGGAAAGGGUUCAAGAUAAAAAGUUAUUAUCUGGAAGUGCAUCACAGCUGAUUAGAAUGACUGAUACUCAUAUUCAUGACUCAUCUGUGAGCACAUACACUCUUAGUUUUCCUGAGAAUUCAAGCUUCCUCUACCCUGUAAAGGAAGAAGUUAAAAUUAGUGAAUCGCCAUUCAUGCCUGUGAAAAUGGAAACUUCCAUUUCCUCAGACCUAAAUAGUAUUAUGUUCUCUCCUUCAGGAAACUCGCUUCUUCAUGGAGGACGACCAGAUAUGAGAAGACAAAUUUCUUUCCGUGAUUCUCUGGAUAGCCCUCAGGUUCCCCAUUUAUAAUGAAGAAGACCAGGUCUUGUUUCUAAAUAGGUAGUUGAGUGUAAAUAAGAUGUGAUUUAGAAAUCGUUCAAACAUUGUAAUCUAGGCUGUGUUCCAUAUUUAUUUGAUGUGUUUGAGAAUUUUGUGUA